AAAGAAAGAAAGAUAAACAGAAGAACUCAGAGAGUGAGAGAGAGGAGCCUUUCCAUAUCCAACAUAUACGACCGAAUCAAACCCCUCUCUUUCCUCUCCCUACCUCUGUACUUUCCUUAUAUUUUUAUUAUUUAUUACAUCGUACUUCUUUUGGAUUAUUAUUCUUGUUAUUUACACUGUUCUCUCUUCCUUUUGAGAGAACAGUAUUAGAAUUAGAGUAUCACGAUCGUUAAACUCAGGUGGUCAUAGAGUAAUGGAGUCUCCUGAUGAGAUGGGAUGCCAGGCACCAGAACGUCCUAUUCUUUGCGUUAACAAUUGUGGUUUCUUCGGAAGGGAAGCUACCAUGAACAUGUGUUCCAAGUGCUACAAGGACACACUGUUGACCCAGGAGCAGGACAAACUUGCGGCGACAUCAGUUGAAAACAUUGUGAAUGGCAAUUCCAGUGGCAAUGGAAAGGUAGCUGUUACUGCAGGUGCUGUUGAUGUACAAGUUGGAAAUGUGGAGAUCAAUACAGCAUGUCCCGAAGUUCCAGAUAAUUCAGUCUUUGGCAAGAGUGUGGAGACGAAAGCCAAGACUGGUCCUAGCAGAUGCGCCACUUGCCGGAAACGUGUUGGACUAACUGGUUUCAGCUGCAAAUGCGGCAACCUCUUCUGUGCAAUGCAUCGCUAUUCUGAUAAACAUGAAUGCCCUUUUGAUUAUAGAACUGUUGGUCAGAAAGCCAUAGCUGAAGCCAACCCAGUAAUUAAGGCAGAUAAACUUGAUAAAAUCUAGCCAUGCAUGAAACCUGUUGCUUCAUCUUUUAUCUGCAAGUCUUCUUAUGCAUUAAACUGCCUGGGUUUUAAAUGUUUUUAGUGUCUAUAAAAUUAUCUGUCAUGAUAAACAAGGACAAAUUUAGGGAAAACCAUUCCAUGUUUGUGCUGGUUUGAUGAACACUUUGGCUCAUUUUGUAACGAUUUCUUGCUUGGUCUGCAA